AUGAUUACAAGAGCUAGAGCCAGCAGAGCACGUUUAACACCUCCGGACUCGUCGCUUCGCUCCGCCGUGCAGUCCCCGGAAGUCACAACACAAGUCCCGGUGAUUACAGAGGCGUCGAGCUCGACUUCAAGCGACGAGUUUUUCUCCCCGCCAACGUCGCCAACACCUGUACGUCGGCAGGGGAGAGGUCGGCCACCGGUUUGCCUGGGAUCCCGAGGCCCAUCGGCUUCGAAUAGGGCCCCCGCUAUCGGUGGUAAUGUGCGUCGCAUGAAAUGGACUUCUUCAAUGAACGAGAACGUCAUGCGAGCAUAUUUUGUGGCUACAGAGGGUGAAACUAAUCUCACUGCGUAUCGUAAUCGUUUACUAACUCUGUUUCAGGAACUUGAACCAACUGUUAACGUUACGGUGCAAAGGUUAUCGGAUCAAGUGCGAGCUAUUAAGCGAUGUAAUUUGUUGAAUAGCUCUGUACUUGAAAGGCUACGCUCCGACUUACAGAUAAGCCUCACUACUUUUCCUUCUUCACAAGCAGUCACGCAUCAAGAUCUCGAAAUACCACAGGCUUCUCCUGCUGAAGGAGAGGAAAUUGAUGCUUCUUCUGUAAGUACCCAGUACAAUGAUAUAAUAAGGAAUACUUUGGAAGGUGCUAUCCUGGAAUAUGGGUCCAUGAAUUUCGUAAACAGACCACGUUUACCUCGUUUGCCGAUGCAUAAGCGAAAUAAGGCUUUAGUGUGUGCCCUUGAUUCUAUAUUACCACCAUAUUUUGAAAAAUGUGAAAACCUCAGUGAUACACAUUCAAUUCUAUAUUGUGCGGCUGUUACUGCAUGUCGAGUAGCUGGUGUCAAAUUCUCAAGAGUUGACAUGGCUCCUCGACCUAAGUCUCUGAUGCCGUCGUGGCAGUGUAGAAUUGAACGUCGUAUCGCUGAGGCAAGGGUACUCAUUGGCAAGCUUAUCCGUUUCAGAUCGGGCAACACACGCCCGAGAGUAAUGCGCUUUGUGAAUCAGACUUUUUCGGGAACUGGUAUCAGGUCCUGUGAUUAUAUGGCACGAGUCACAGAGCGCAUUGACUUUCUGAAACAGAAGGUUUAUGCAUGGGCAAACCGUAUACGAAGGUAUAAAAAAAGAGUGGACCGAUAUACUCAGAAUCGCACUUCCAAAGGGACGAGAGGUGGGUUUAUAGACGGUGGGCGCAGCCUGAUUUAG